AGAUUUUCAGCGAUAAUUUACUCCCAUUUUUUAUUUUUCUCUCUGUGAAGACUGCCACCUCCUGUCGUAACUACCGUGUGUUCAAUUUGUUCUUUUCUCGGAAGGCCUCUCACGUAAUUUUUUGUGUUUUCCCGUUACUAGCGUUCAGCGCCCCGUCUCGUAGUGGUGCUUUACAUCUUCCCCUUCUUUUUUCUUUAAACACCGUAGAAAGGGAAAAAAGAAAAGGUUUCCCGUGCAAAACGAACUGUUGUUGUGCUAUCGCCUCCAACAUCGCGCGUUUCUUCUGUUCCACCGUCCUCGUGAAAAACAAAACAAGCAAGUAAAUCAUUCUCCUCUAAAUUUGGAUCGCGAGACACGCACAACCACGCUGGUGUUGUCGUACUAUUACCUGGCGCUAUCACCGGUGUCUUUCACACUUUCUUUUUCUCUUCUGCUCAGGUUGCAGCCGGAGAAUAAAUCUGCGACUUCCUUCUCUCGACAGAGGCAGCUUACACCGAAAGCAGCGGAGUUCAGAGCACGAUGAGCCGCACCACUGCACCGCCGGUGCGUUUCGCUGAGCGACACAUCGCGCACAUCAACAAAUGCUACUGCGUCGCGCCGUACGUCUCCCGCCGCGAGCCACAACGGGCGAUGUUCCUGGUCGCAGCGGAGCAGAACGACCCCUGUUUUGUGUACGACAUUGACGGUAAGCCCGUGGAGAAGGUGUGGGACGGGCCCGGCGGUGUGAUGAGCAUGGUGCAGCUGCCGGAGAUGGACGGUCGCACCGUGCUCUCGACGCAGCGGUUUUACGGCUUCGACAACUCGGAGGAUGCCCGGCUGGUCGUGGCGAAGGCGCUGACGAUGGAGCCCGCCGAGGAUGCGGUGGAGCGGUGCGCGUGGCGCCGCUUCGUGGUGGCGGAUAUGCCGUUUCUACAUCGCUUCGAUGUGGUGCCGGGCCGGGGCAGCGGCAACACGGACCGCUACAUCAUCGCCUGCACCCUCAAGCGCAAUCAGCGCGAGCCGGGCGACUGGUCGCAGCCGGGCCAGGUGCUGGCGGCGCGCCUGCCCAACGACUUCGACGAUCUCCUCCCGACCAACUGGCGGGAGAUGCCGGAGUGGAGCCCUCUGCAGACUCCGCUGUCGUGGAAGGUGCUGCGGGAGGGAUGCUUCCGGAACCACGGCUAUCACCGGCACACCGAUCCCGUGAGCGGGGAGGUGAACUGCGUGAUUGGGUGCGAGGCAGGCACGUUUCUCUUUCGCCCCCCCACUGUGGGCAGCGAUGAGUGGGACAGCACGCAGCUCACGGCGGACCCGGCGAGCGACGCCGCCCUCGUCGAUCUCGACAGGGACGGGGCUGAGGAGCUGCUGGUCAUCGCACCCUUUCACGGCGACACGAUCAUGGUGUACCACAAAAAUGAGGAAGGGGCGUACCAACGCGUCUACACCCACCCAACAAAGCUGCCGUUUCUGCACGCGAUCUGGGGUGGGGUGUUGGACGAUGUCCCAUGUGUUGUGGUCGGCCACCGCAGCGGCGACCGUGACUUGUUUCUCUUCUCCUACUCCAAGUCGAAGGGCUACCACGUGGACCGCGUCGCACACGGCUUCGGGCCGGCGAACGUGAUCAACGUAAAACACACCAAAGAAGGCGAGAGCCGCGUGCGUGAGAGCAUCGUGUGCUGCAACCGUGAAACGGACACGGUCACCGUGUACGACGUUGUUCCAAAGAACGCGUAA